GGCAAACAUCACCAUCUCAAACCAACUGCUACAAAAAGUUGGCUGGUUGAGAAUAAUUUAACAAUCUUCCUUAUUCUGUGAAUCCUUUAAAAACAUUGUGAAAUAAAAUAGAACAUUCUAUAUACACGUGUGUUACACUUACAGACAUGCAUUUGAUUAUCCAUUGAUUAAUUCAUUUAUUUUAUCCUUGCAUUAAUUCAUUUAUACCAUUACAUUCAUCCAUCAAGCAUUAAUUAAUAAUUACUUUAUUCAUUCCAUGUUUCUUUAUCCAUGCAUGCAAUCGACUGAUACAGAGAUUCAGGAAAUGUGCACCCAGAUACACAGGGACAUAGGAAGAGGGAAAGUUACAGUAAACAGAUUAAGAUAGUGAUAGAAAUAAAAAAAAGAACCGGGCCACAGUCUAUGGAUUCAUUUAUUUCUGUUAGUGUUCAAAUAAGUAACUGUGUACAGAAACGUCACGUUACCAAACAAUCCAAAUUUCUACCUCACCCCUAACCAAGUUAAGCUCAGAGCUCUCAAGGUGCAUUAUAAUAUCGUUAUUAAGCUGGCCUAUAAAUGGGGAUCCGUGGUGAUCUGGUGGACAGAUCUCUGUAGAGAUGAAGCAUUCAGACAGAUGAGUUAUAUUUAUUUUUACAGAAAGUUGACCAUAACCUGAAUUCGAGUAAUCAACAGGCAGCCAGAGACUCGCUGCUAACCAUUAUUAGGCAGGCUGCCAUCCAACGGGAACCUGCCAAAAACCUCAAAUUCAACCAACCAUUUAUUUCCUACCAAAAUACAGCAAACAGCCCAGGCCACUCGGUAAAAUAAUCCUUUAGUGGAUUUGCUGGGCAAGUUUCGAGCUGAUUGGCUAAUACAGUUUAUCUGUUUGUACAUCAUGUAAAGUUCGUGUGGGGACACGGUUAGGAUUGAAUGUGGGGGUCGCGAAACGGACAAGAGACCACUCCCACAGUAAUAACCUGGCAAGGAAGGUGGGACAAGGGGUUAGCGGUUUACAAGAAAAGCCCACAGAUACAGAUUGGCAUGAGAGAUAAAUGUAGAGGAAACGAAGCGAAGGGGCUCAGGGUAAGGCUUGUCUUCAACAACAGUGUUCGUGCCGUAAGUGUUGGUAUUGAUUGAAACAAUAGUUUCCUUACCGACCUAAAUUUCAAGAAACCAACCAUGCCCUACCUCACGGCUCUUCAAGAACCAUAUAUUCCCAAGUCCUUAACGUUGAUCUUCAUAAUUGACAUACGUUCCAUGCAUGUUUCCCAAAAAUCAUGGUUGAGGAGUGCUGACACAUUUCUUCAACACGUGGGGUGAACAAACCCCAUCAACAACGGAAUAUGUCAGCACAACGAUGCAACAGUGGAGGACGUGAGGGUGGGAUGAGAGUUGUGAAUCAGCUACUUUGAAAUCGCCCUUUAUCUAAAGAUAAACUGAACACAAUAAUUGUUAGCGUCAACCUUCUGAGAGUUAAUUAUUUCAGAAGCACUGAUUUACUACAAAAAAAACUCCGUACCUGUAUUUGCAUUGAAUGUCUCAUCAGCAGAGUCAGGCAUUGCUUGUACCAAUGCUGGUGGACCGCUGGAUGUUGAAGGGAAAAAAACCUAAAUUAAGAUAUUGAUCCUCGUUUAACGAAUAAUUAUAUACGACUCAAAAUAAUCAUGAGCGUCGUUGGAGAAUAUUUAAAAAUGUUUACUCAACCCAUUGGCACUCGCCCACACCCGCAAUCCCACAGAACCGGUUUGGCCAUUGAAGGGUCGAGGGUCUCAGUCGUUUCUCUACGUCUCUCUUCAAAGCAGCAGCGUUCUGCACUGCGAGGGUCUCUGAGUGUUGCAGCGCCGUACAACUCCCAAGUUCGUGAAGCAACCAAGAAACGAAUCGUCUGAGAGGAGAUGGAGCGAUGAAAUCAUCCCGUGUGCAGGCGAUGUCUGGAGAGGACGAAGAGGAAUGCAGAAGCCAGGCUGACGAUGAACUUGCACAAAAGCUCAGAGAUGUGGGUCUUGACACAGUUUACUGGAAACAGAAACUGCGUGAGGUUCUGCUCAUUUCUAAUGCACAGGCCCUGCUUCACCUCGACCAGCAGGACAGCAGAGAACUGGACUCACAUUUCCGUAAAGAGUGGGAAAAGCGAGCAUUUUAUAAAAUGCUUGGCAUUGUUGCUGCUGAUGGUGUUGUCAGUGCUAAAAAGGCAGUGAGCUUGGCUCCACAUAUACAAAUUGAUAAUCUGUUGCCUUCUGUCGUGUCUGAGAGAAUUCACGAGCCUGCCCAAGAAAUAUGUCCAUCUGUUUCAACACAUUGUUUGUCAGAUACAGAUAUUUUACAAAACGCAUCAGGGGGUCUUGCUCUAGAGGGGGUUUAUAUGAGUGGAAAGUUAGAGGAUGCAUUAGAAAAGAGAGGAAAACUCUUGACGAGCCCACAAACAUUCCGGCUCGUGGGUCUGGUCGGCAGGUCAGAGACAAAACAACACGAGUUUAUUUCUUUCAAUGAUGAAUCCAUGUUCAGGAAGACCAUGGAAGUCAUGGGCUUCAGCAACACUGUCUCCGAGAAAGGAUGCGUCUCGUCCUUGAGUAGAAAACCAGCCUUAAUGCAAGUCAAAUCAAUGAAUCUUAAGGAAAUGCAAAAUACUCAGACUGAUCAUUCCUAUCUUUCCAGGACACAGUUUACGUACCUGCCCCUAGCCUCAGGUAAUCUUCAUAUGGCACAACUCAGGCUGUCUGAAGCAGCCCUGAAGGAGCUACAAAUUAUUGAGAAUACGUUGGAAAAUACAAAGGAAGAUUUUAAAAGCAACGUGUUUUCCAGCAUGAGCUGCAAAUUCUUCCACAAUUUUGGCUCUCACGCAAACGAGGGUCCUCUCCAAUUUGGAGGAAUUUUUUGGAGGAAGGCAUCAGCUAAAGGUUUCAGUUUACAUCAGCAAGAUGAAAUAAAACUGCUCUUGUCUGAGUUAUUCGAACCAAACAUUGGUGCCGACUGCGGCAGUAGUACAACGACUGAUACAGGUACUGCAAUGACAACUGAGCCAGCUCCAAGUGAUUCUGGACAUUACAGCCCGGUGCUCACCGAUGUGAUACAGAUGACUGUAACCACAACAGGGGGUAAUCCUGAUGUACAUAAUCUCCCUCAGUGGGAAUCUGCUAUUGUUGUCAACAAUAGGACAUGGUCUCUCAUCGACCGAGGAAUCAGGUUUAUACCAGUAUGGGACAUCGUCCUGUCCAAUCAUAAAUGCGAUUUUAAAGAUGUCCUGAAGUUGGCCAGUGAUCUUCAAAAAGCUUACACCAUUUUAACAAAAAAAGAAGUACAUAAUUAUCCAGAGGAUGAAUUGGCUGACAUAAAUGUCAAAGCGCAAUCGAUAAUGGAAGAUGCGAAGCAGUGGAAAGAAUCUGACAAUGACACUCAUCUGGAAAUGCUGGCGGAUCUAAAACAGAAGUUGUAUGAAUGCACAAAAACUAACAGGAGCUGGAUUGACACGUGUCUCUCACACCCAGCCCUUCAGGAAUUUAUGACGCGGAUUGUAUCGGCAUACAAGCACUCUUCUUGUGACGAAACCGAUUGGAUAAAAAUAAAAAUGCGGUACCUAUUGGAACCCAACAUCUAUGCAGUGGAGAACUUCCCCAAGCGCUCCUCGAUAACGCAGUGGGUGUAUGGGUCUGAUACAGUCAGGGUUCUUGAUGCUGAGCUAAAUGCCCUUGGCAAGACAUUUACAGAAACAAAGAAACAAUUAAAAGAAGCGAUGGAUGCACCGACUUCUUUUGAAACUGCACUGAAUGAAGCAAAGGUGAAGGGAACCAAUGAAAUCACAUUUUCCCUCAAUUCCCUUUGCCGGUGCUUCCGAGAAAUGGAGCGGAUGGAGGAGGAGCUCCUGUUCAUUUCAUGUGCUGCUGCUUCAGGGUUCCGUACAAAGGAGAGAUCGUUCGACCGCCUCCUCGACUAUGAAGACGUUAACUGCCUUCAGCACCAAGUGGACGCGGCACACAGCGAGUACUCAGCUCUCAAAUCUCAAAGUGCUCUCAAGGCUCAGGCGUACGUCCUCUUGAACGGUUUGACUACAGGAGUACAGUCUAAUUCACGGACCCCCCUGGAAAAAGAGGAACAUCUGACGUUCAUGAAAUCCUAUUUGGAUGCAAACAUCUGCACCGAAGUAUCAAACGUGGUGCUGGUCUAUGAUGGAGGCCCCAUUGACUGGAACCGACUCGAGGAAACUUUGAAAUCUCUUGUUGCUGGGACACUGACUAUCACAUUGGCUCCUUCGCAGACAUCGAAGGUUGAGAGUGAAACAGAGGGGAUGAAAACGUUUAUGAAUCUGUGUAAAAUACUGGGGCUUCAAGAAUACUACCCGAAAAAAAUGCACACAAAGCAUAUGUGUGUUGUUAAGUCAGAAAUACUUAAAGAAGCCCCAAUCACAGAGGAAGAACUUGUUCUUCAUUAUUUGCAGAAACUGAUGAUGUUUGACUCCGAAGCACGGUAUGUUAGUGUUCUGGGUGAAAAUGAAAACAAUGAAACCAUGCAGAAUGAAAACUCUAAUUAUGAAAAGAUUUUUAACCAUGAUGGUAUUGUGAGUAGUCAAGAUUGGUCUACGACAGAAACUCGAAGCCAUGUUCACCCAAUGGAUUUGCAAAUGGCAAUUUUUCAUUGUGGAGACAAUUUUGUGAGGCAGUACAUUUACACCAAACUCUCGUUUUGCCAGUUUGCACUGCCGCUUUUAGUUCCAAAUCCUUGUAGCUCAGAAAUAGAAUUCCCUCUAUGGGCAUUCCGACAGAUUAAAAAGAGCUGGAAAUCCCGUGCUGCAUCUACUGAGACACAGCAAACCAACCUCUGUACGAUUGUUAACGCUGACACUCCUCUAGUGUCAUUCAUUAGGUUUGGUGAAUCACCCGCAUCGAAAUCUCAGAUGCUGAACUCUCUGCUUGGAAAGCAAAAGAAUGAAGUUUUCUUUCAUAGACACUGCAGAGGCAGCAGCAAGAAUGGUCUCCUAAUGGAAGGAGUCACAGAGAUCGCCUGGUACUGUCCAGGUGGGAGGGAUGAUGACGUCUUUAAUGACUGCAUAGCGUUCACAAAUCUCCAUGGAGAUGCGAGAGAGCACAAAAAGCAGGUGCAGUUUCUCCUCGAGAUAUCCACUGUCAACGUGAUAUUAAUGUCAGAUUGUGAUAACAAUGAUGAAGCUAAAAGCAUUUUGGUAGAUUGUCUAAAUUCUCCAAAGCCUUUACUUUGCCUUUGGGCUGACAAAGAACGAAUCUUGGGUGGACAUUAUAAAACAAAGGUAAAAAUUGGUGUCAAGAAUAGAAAUUAG